CGUUUAAAAAAAAAGUUAAUAUGUAGAACUUUUAUAAGGCAGACAGAAAACAAACGACAAGUCUUUAAUUGCAAUUUAGUGUGAAUGGUCGUGAAUUUUGAGUGCAAAUUAAAAAAAAAAAAAUAUUUAAAUUCUUUAAACAGUUAAUAAAAAAGUUAUCUCACAAUGCCUCCAGUGUAUAAACAUUUGAUACAGUGUUUAUUUUCGGAAUUUAUUGGCACCGCUUUUAUGAUGUUUGCCGGUUGCAUGGGUCACUGGGAGGCGGUACAAUUUACAAAUACAAAUUUUCAAAUAAGUCUCAAUAUGGCUUUGGUUGUUAUGAUAGUGGUCCAGUGUUUUGGUCAUAUAUCGGGUGCCCAUGUCAAUCCUGUUGUCACAGUGGCCGCCUUUACAAAUGAUGUGAUAAAGUUCCACAUGUUGCUGGUCUAUUUUAUUGGUCAGUUUUUUGGUGCCAUUGCGGGUUUUGGUCUUUUAGUGGCAGUUUCUUCUCCCAUGCAUGACAAAUUUUGCAUGACAUUGCCCAAUGGAAACAUUACACAGUUGCAAGUUUUUGUAGUGGAAUUUAUAGUGACAAGCAUGUUGGUUGUUGUCUGCUGUGCCGUUUGGGAUUCUCGGAAUGUUAAACAUCAAGAUUCAUUGCCAGUACGUUUGGGUUUAACAGUGGGAUGUCUGAUAUUUUCGGCGGUUAAUCUUAGUGGUGGAAGCAUGAAUCCAGUGCGAUCUUUUGGUCCUGCUCUAUGGCUACUGAAUUUUGAUUAUCAAUGGAUCUAUUGGGUUGCGCCACUGUCAUCGUCUGUAAUUUCUAGUUUAAUUUACAAAUAUUGUUUCAGGACAAAUCCUCGUACAGAUUUUCGCAUGUCUAUUGAUUCAGAAUAAAAAUAGAUUUUAUUAUUUAA